AUGGUUGACUACGCACAAUAUCCACCGAGCAUGCCUCACGACUUUGAGCUCUACUCCAGCAACCAAGAACAGCAUCUGGAUUUUCACCACAACUUGCCUUACGUGCCUGCCUCAACAUAUGCCAUGGAGCACACCUUCAGCGCCUCAUAUGACCACAUGGCUACCCUCGCAGAGAUGCAAAGGCCUCAAGACCUGCAAUACCAUUACAAUGCCAUCGCACAAGGUGUCAAGCCUUACCAGUAUCAGACCCCUGCCGGCUCUCCCCACUCAACUUCACAUUCUUUCCACGAGCAGCCUCCCAUUCUUUCUGCGUCUUCUGAAUCCGGUGCUUCAGUGUCGUCUUCCGCCAUGGGCUCCCCAUCACUUGUUCCACAUUUCAAUGACUCGUGGAGCACAAUGGGACUAGGGGUGACUACUGGAUACGAGUACCCAGGAAUGGUAGCGACAGAUAAAUCAUAUGUGGAUCCUAAUCUCAUUCAGCCAUUCGCAUUCGCGCCUCAGAGCCCAUACCCUGAGAUUAGGACUACCCCAUCUCCUUACUUCCCCAUCAUCGAGCAACCACCCUCACCAGCUCUCUCUCAACUCUCUUGCCACAGCCAGCGCCCCGGUUCGGCACGCAUCAAGAAGGGUAGCGCCAGCCCCUAUCUUCGUACUCAGCAAUACCAGCCUUACCCCCAGUACAAUGGUCAACGGCGAGGCUCUGUCAACUCUCUUCACUCGCACCACUCAGGCAAGAGUGGAAGCAGCUUCGACAACGAUGAGACCCGCGAGAAGGGAAUGUGCCCACUACCAGAGUGUGGGCGCGUCUUCAAAGACCUGAAGGCACACAUGCUCACCCACCAGAACGAACGACCGGAAAAGUGCCCGAUCGCAACCUGCGAGUACAACACCAAGGGUUUCGCGAGGAAAUAUGACAAGAACCGUCACACGCUCACGCACUACAAGGGCACAAUGGUCUGCGGUUUCUGUCCAGGCAGUGGUUCAGCGGCUGAGAAGUCGUUCAACCGCGCUGAUGUCUUCAAGAGGCACCUUACCUCUGUCCACGGCGUGGAGCAGAAUCCUCCUAACAGCCGCAAGAAGAGCCCAUCAAGCCGCAAGGCUUUCGGUGGCUCGCAACCCAACGUUGCUGGUACCUGUUCUACUUGCUCGGUUACUUUUGCCAACGCGCAAGAGUUCUACGAACAUUUGGACGAUUGUGUGCUGCGUGUUGUACAGCAAACCGACCCAAGUGAAGCCAUCAACCAACGCCUUCUUACCUCUGUUGCAGAGGAUCCGGACGUCACUGAGACUCUCGAUCGCAACGGUCUAUCUAAGAGCAUUGAGUACACAGUACCCAACUAUGCCGAGGAUGAGGAAGAUGACUAUGAGGAAGAGGAAGUCGAUAACGAUGACCACGACGAUGCCACAUAUGGCUCCCGCCGCGGCCGCUCAGGCAAGGGAGGCAUCAAAUCCUCGAAGAAGGAUUGA